UAUGUUAAAACUAAUAUUCAAUUUCUCAAGAGCCAUUUAAAAAUCUCAAAACCUUUUGAAACAAAUGAGAAAGAAUCGUUAUUACAUUGAUGAUCCUCUUAUUAGUUAAAGAAAGGAAGCAUAACAAAUAGUUGAAUCAUUAUAUUUUAAUAAAAAGAAUAAUUUAUAAUAGAUGCUUGAGAAAGAGGAAGAGAAUAAAUUGGAAAAUGUAAUUGAAAAUUUGGAUGAAGAGAUUAAUUUUAGGAGAUUUUAAACAGCAUAAGAAUUAUUAGAUUUUUAUGAAGCUAAACCCUUAAAAUCUAGAGAAUAAUAUUUAGAAUGGUUCAAUUAAUUGUCUUAUUGUUUAAAGUUUCAAGAGUAAAUAUAAUAAAACAAAUUGAAUUAUUACAAAAAAUUAGCUGGUUAAUACAAAGCUUAAUAUAAUAAAGAAUAUGAAAUGCCAAAUAUAAUAUUCCUUACUCCUACUUAAAUUUUAGAGAAUCCAGUUUUUAAUUAAAUUAUUGAAGACUUUGUAUCUAAUUGUGAAGUAGUAGAAUGGCUUCAUGUAAGAAAAUAAAUCAAGAAAUCUUUCUAAACUCAACUUUAUUCAUUAGAUUAUUAUGCACUUUAGAGAUUAUGGGAAGAUAAUUAAUAUCCAAUCUAAACCAUUUAAUAUCUUUCAUUAAUUAUUAAAGAUAUAAGUAUUAUUAUUAUUUAUAUAUAUUAUAGUUGAUUCAAAAUUUGAAAAAGAUUAAGAACCUCAAUUUAUGGAAUUAUAUGAUGGUAAAUUUUAAUAAGGAUAAUCUUUAUAAAAGAUAUUAGAAUAAGUUUUAAUAUAGAAAAUGCAAUAAAUAAAUUUUUAUGAAUUAAAUAAUUAAGAUUUUGCAGAUUUCGUAUUUAUUUAUUAUCAAUAAUAAAAAUUGCCAAUAUUACCUACAUUCCUAAAAGAAUUAGUAGAUAAUGUAAAAGAAAGAGUUAGUACUUUGAGUUUGUUAGAAAAUAUUAAAAUAUUAUAAGCAAUGUUAGCAAUAGAAAUAGGUGAUAAUUAGUCAUAUUGUUAUCUUUUGUGGAAUAUUAUAAGAUUAAAAAAUAGAAUACAUCCUGACUAUUAAAUUAUAAAUGGAAUUAUUUUCAUAUUGUUACAUUUUAAAUAAAAUAUCUUAUUUAUGAAAGCACGUAGAAAUUAUCCAAAACCAAUAAUUGUAUAAGAUGCAAUGGUAUUCUCAGAAAUAUUUAAUCAUAUAACUGAGGAUCUUAGUAUAUUUGAUUUUAUCCAACUUAGUCAAUUACUUUCAAUAGCAAAUAAAAACUUUGCAGAUCCUGCUAAAUUAAAUGCUAUAAUAAUUUCACUUUUUUAAAAACCAGAAUUGAAUUAAAAUAUUUAAAUUGAUAAUAAAAUUGAGUUGUAUUACAAAGCAACUUAAAUGGGAUAAACAAUACUUGAUAUUACUCAAAUAUUAAAAUAUAAAGUAUAAUUAUUACAAUCUCAUUCAAUAACAGGUUUCUUUGAAAAAAAUUAAUAAACAGAUGGAAAUCAAAUAAUAGGAUAUUAUCCAUAUUAUACAUUAUUAUUAGAAAGUUUAAUAAAAUUAAUUUGGACAAGUAUCUUAUAAAAUAGUAAAUGUUUUGAAGACAUAAAUUAUUUAAUAUUUAAAGUAAAUGAAUUAACAAGAUUGUAAACAUCUAUAAAGAUUGACAGAAUGAUUUAAAAGAUGAUUUCAUAAAUUAAUUAAUAUAUUAAUUUAGUUGGAAAAACAAUAUUACCAAAUAAAAUUGAUAUAAAAUAGAUUUAAGAAAAUAAAAAUAUUUUUUGUAAAUAAGAAUCAUAUGCACAUCCUUUAAUGUUACAUACUAAAUUAUAUAUGAAAGAGAAAUUUUAUUUUUUUAAGAAAUAUGAGAAGGAUUUAGAAAAGGAUGUUUAUUAUGAGGAUAUUUUAUUAGAUUUUGUUUAUACAAAUAAGAGAACAGGAAAUAAAGCAUUAAUUCUAUUGAAUGGAGUAUAUAUAUUAAUUAUUAUAUUAGUUAAGUAAUUAUCAAAUUUCUGCUGUUGGUGAAAUGGUUCCAAAUACAUUAAUUAAUUUUUAAGAUGAUCUCUUAUUAAAAUCACAAAUUCCAAUUAUUUAAAUUAAUCUUCCAGAUAUUAUUAAAUGUUAAUCUAAGUUAUAAAUUUAAUUAAAUAUUUAGAUCAUUUUUUGAAGAAUAAUUAAAAGAUAUUUUAGAAGAUGGAUCGAAUGAAUAUGAAGAUAUUGCUAAUAUCAUUUAAGAAUUAAGAUAUAAUAUAAAGAAGGACUUUAAUUAUUUAUCAAUCCAUUAAUAAAAAGAUGAACAAGAAAGUUAGCCAAAAAUAGAGGAGGAAGUUUAGAAUGAUGAUACAUAUGCAUUAUCAGAUUAGGAGAAUUGAUU